AACCGCUUUUCUGCUUCUGACCCGCAUAAUCCUACUUUCAACUUUGAGCAUUGCAUGAGCCGAUGCUUCGUCUAUGCCUGGCCCUUUUUUAGGUAUAGAAUAGAAAGGUUUUCGAUUUGGACCGUCGAUCUACGCUCCAUCAGAAGUUCCGAAUCCAAACAGAACAACAUUCUGGCAAAACGCUCUCCCACCCCCAAUUGAUCCGGGCGCGUGGUGAUUUCGAUAGCUCUGUGUACAGCUAUCUCUAGAUAUUUCCCACACCGUCCCUUUCAACGUCAUGUCACUUUCAUCAACGACUCCACAUCCGCAGUCAUGGACUAUUCGAUUGAAGCAUCAUAGGACAACUGUUCUCUUGCACGUUGAACCACUCCUCCUUCUUUCUACACUAAAGGAGGAGCUUCUAGCAGUCCUAAAAGAAGUUUCUCCUAACGGUUUCAAUGGUCAUCAGCUUCCUUCAUCUGCGUCAGAAAUCUCUUUCGCCAAACCUGUUGAUCCAUUAGACAUUUCACAGGGCUGGGAGCCUCUAGAAUUCUCUGACGAUCCUGAGGAUCCCUUCAACAUUGAUAAUGAAGAAUCCAAACGUAAGACAAAAAAGCUUGAAAGCGAAAGUCUUAAGGCGUACGGAAUCAAGGACAAUGCUGUACUGGCUUUCAGGUUUAAAAGUGAGAAAGGAACGUCUUGGGACGUGGAGCAGGCUGUCCAUAUGGAUGAAUUUGGCGUAGAAAAUGAAGGCGAUAUGGGUAUGAUGAAGGAGUAUAGAGGAUGAUGGGACUGCGAAUCUUUUUCAGACUACUGCAAUUGGUCUCACCACACUGUUUAUGAUAGACGGGAAAAGCUUCGGUCGCCUCGGAUGUCACGUCUUCAUUUUCAACAGCUCGGCUUUCAAGGAUAUAUGCACAAGACCAGGAGUCUAAAUCAAGGUCAAACGAACCUAUACUAUGCUCGAAUAUCUCUAUCACAAGAUUAUGAGGUUGGAAUUCGUUUUCACAUUCGCUUCUCGCGCACCGUUGUGGCGGUAUAGUGCGAGCACGCCAUUGAGGAGAGAAGAAUGAUCCCAGAGGAUUUAGAGCAAUAGAUGGGACUAGCCACUAGUACCCUAGUCCCUUCUAUUGCUCUAAAGAAGUCAUCGAGAUUCAUGGUUGUAGUCUGUAAUGUCUGUCAGGAAAGUAACCAAAUCGAUGGCCAAGGAGCCCCACCAUUGAUCCACUGCUUUACAGCUUCUACAAUUUGUUUCUGCGCCUUUCUGACCGGUGUUGGUGGCAGAUCAGGCGUAGUCUCAUUCGGGAAGAGGCCAUUCUCAUCCCAGUGAUGUCCUGCU